CUUGGACCUUGGAGCUCCUCUAACGGUUACUUCUAAGUAAACACGCAAAUUUGUAGGAUUUCUUGGUUGGACAAUCAGACUCACAGACCAUGCUAUCCAAGUUUCACAGCUUUCGUUCAUGGCCCGACCGUGAUUUUACGUGAGCACCCCUCAAGGCAAUUACCGUGGCGAUCUCGUUUGGCCCAAGACGGUAAAAGCAACACGCUCCUCGCGAAACGCAGACCGCGCCUUUUCUACCCUCACCAACUGCCAUGGCUGUGCGACCAGAGUCGGUUGAGGAGUGGUGUUUGUUGAUGCCCAACUUGCUUGAGACCAAUGGCUGGACCGUGGCUUUGACCACUGCUGAAGCGGCCUUGAUGCACAGCAGCUGUGCCUGGGGCGGACAUCUCCUGAAGUUCGAGCUGAAAGAUCUGGCGAUCCAAAACGCCCCUGAAGAUCCGGCCCAGAUCCUCGUGAGGCCUGAGGUGCGAGCCUUGCAUCAAGACAAUUGUCCCAUCAGCGGUGUGGAAGUGGGCUCCUCGGUGGGUUUCGUCGCUCCCGGAGAAGCCAUUGUCGAGGCGAGCAUUGCUCAGGAGGCCACCAUGAAGCUGUGCUCCGUGCUCUUUGGAGAUAUGGCAGGACAGGUCAUGGACUAUCUCUUCCGUGAUUCUGCGCCGGUGCCGUGGCAUCAGAAGAUCCGCAGAAAUUAUCCCCGAACGGGCGAUAGCGCGUGCGCCUUCUGGAAAGAAGACGAGGGCGAUGAGAGGCAGCACGAGUGCCUCAUCCUCACCCGCCCCAACAGCCACGGGGACCGUGGCCUGUGCUCGGCCUAUGUGGUUGUCCGCCUGUGCGAGGACCGCUUCGCGAACUGGGCCAGGGAACACUUCAGCCUGGUCCUGAGCUCGGCACGACGAACAGCCUUGUCUUACCUGAACCGCCCCGGGGUGGUGCAGCUACGGGAGCAAGACCGACGCUUCUACGUGAUCAUCUCCCUCCAAAGCUUCAAGCGUGGAAUGCCUCUCCUGCCAGCCUACAAGACUGAGCCUUCUUUGACCGAGAUCGACGCGGGCACGCCUUACGGGCUUCGGAGGUGGUUGAGGUAUGAGCUCAGCUCCUCGAAGUUUCAUUUGGCAGACUAUUUGAAGGUUUUCCUUCGACGCCUGGGAGUGGAGAUCGAGGCAUAUGAGACCUUGGAUGGCCAGACCUUGGUUCCCUACCAAUGCGCCGUACGUCGCGAUUGCUGGGAGCCAGUGCGAGACCUGUGCCUUCAGGCCUAUGCGCUGCAGAAGACCGCCUACCGCCGCGCCAACGGCGGCUCCGGCGCGCCGGGAAUGCACGACGAAGUGGCGGCGAAGUUCGUGAGCCAGGACCACUCCAACCUCAAGGAUCGUUUGAUGAAGGCGGUUGAGCCGCGCCUCGUGGUGCGCAAGACCUUCUUCGACGUGGAGAUGCCAGAUUCCGAGGACGAGCACUGUCGCCGUGCGGCCAGGAGGCCCAAGACCAUCGCGCUGGCACGCAGCACAGUGAUGGUGAUGUGAGCGUUUUGGUAUACCAAGAGGGGGUUCGGAAGGAAUGGACAAGGCGGCAAGUGGGAAGUUGGUGGAGCAGGAUGAAGCACAAAUUCUUGUUUCGUCGUGCUUCAGCGAUUUCCCAUGGCUGAAUUUAGAGGUGCGAAGAAGUUUUCCAUGGCUGCAAGGUGUUAUUCUUUCGGCCUGUCGUAGUGGCGGCUGACUUGUAAAGUUGUAUAGACGCUGCCGCCCAAAUCCUGUGACAUGCUACGUCCAUGCUCGGGUGCUAUUUAAUUUGACCUCUUGUGCCGUAUAUUGCGCAUCAACGAGGUUGUGCAAGAAUUCGAUGCAUUCCUGCUGCCUUUCUUCUGCGACCGCGGAAGGGAGUCAGCACCCCGCCUGCCGCUGUAAAGACAGCAGGCCUCACUGGAGUAGGAUUGUGAUCAGUUCCUUGUGCUGUAUCAAUGUGCAAGGGUAACGACCUCAUUUAAUCCGUGCUCUUCGUCGCCUAGGCGGAGACGCAGUGUACAGCGUUGACCACGCGACACUCGCGACUCCUGGUAGUUCGGCCAAAGAGGCAUGGGAGGAUUGGUG